AUGUCAUCUUCAAUAGGAGUUCCAAUAAAGCUUCUGCAUGAAUCACAAGGCCACAUCAUCACUCUCGAACUCAAAACAGGAGCAACAUACCGUGGCAAGCUACUCGAAUGUGAAGACUCUAUGAACGUACAAUUACGAGACAUUACAGUAACUCAACGUGAUGGACGAGUAACCAAACUCGACCAAGUAUAUGUACGAGGCUCCCAAGUCAGAUUCUUUAUUGUGCCAGACAUGUUACGAAAUGCUCCCAUGUUUAAAUGGGUACAGCCUGGUGCUACUAAAGCUAGAGGUAUUGGUAUGGGGAGGGGUAAAGCUACUGUUGCGAGAGCUCAACAGCAAAGUAGAGGUCGUGGCGAUCGUGGAGGAUUCAGAGGCGGUGAUCGUGGCGGUUUUAGAGGAGGCGAUCGUGGUGGUGGAUUCCGGGGGCGAGGACAAUAA